AUGGUCUACCGCCUUCCAACCCACCUCGAAUCCUUUGUCCCCCCGCCUUCUGCUCAAGUUCUUCAGUCGAGGCCUUGGCGGGGUGCCCUUAUCAUCAGCGGCAUGCGUGCCUCCGACAAGGGCAGUAGUCAAGAGAUUCGCAUCACUGCAGUGGAGACCGACGGCGAUAACACUCGCAGUCGAAUGGACCUGUGGCCUCAACAAUUCUUCGCUCGCAUCGUUCACGAACAAGUCAUCUUGCAAGAUGUCCAAGCCUGGGUCAGGCGCAAUAACCCACCACUCUGCACAUUCAUGGCCGACCGAUUACGUGACCCCAACGGGAAUACCGUCAAUCAAACCAACUUUCGUUCACUAUCCCGGAUCCUGUUUGACAGUCAAACCGUUGCCAUCGCAUCUUGGAACACUGACAAGAUCGAAGGGGCUGGCAUGAUCAUCUAUCCUUCGCAAAACUCCAGUGCCUUGCUCGUCGGCGCACUAUUCUUAUACGCUCCUUUCCCUGAUUUCAUUAUGAAUGCAGCACCAUUAUCGCCUGGUAUAAUUUCGCCGUCCCCGCGACACCAAUAUCCACAGCAUGUCGCCUCAUCCUCGGGCCCAUAUGCUUCUAGUUCACGCCAUCACCAAACUAGCUCUCCCCAACGUCACGCUACGGGGCACCCAGCUAGCCAAUCGGACCCUACCAACCCUGGUCUUAGGCAUGAUCAGUAUCGGUACAUCAUGCCUCGCACAGUACCGUCCAACUAUCCCGGCUCUUCCACCUCUGCCAGCGACCCAGCCUGGUCUAACGUCAAAAACGAGGACGACCCCGCAUACCCGUCUAGUCAUACCCAUUACCCGUCCCAGUGA